UUCUUUUAAAAUAUAAUUUUCAAACACUACACGCUAAAUGGGAGUCGUGACUUAUGCUUCUCUUUUUCUUUUGCUUAAAAGCGGAAGUAAAAGCUCCGCCAAACAAGCCCUGGAUCCUUUUCCUUGCAUUUCUUGCACUGAUCAAGUAAUCGAGUCUGCUUUCUCUGGAACUAGAUUCAAGAGAUUUGAAAGGGGGAAAAGGAAGAAAAUCACGGGUGGUUACUUUCACGAUGUUCUUAGUUUGCAGAAGAUGAUACGAAGUUACAAACAGGUCGACGAUUCAAUCCAAACAAUCCUGUGAGUCUCACCGUCCUAAUUCUUUCCUGUUAUCUUCAAUAUUUCAUAGAUAUGGUUAAUUUUUCUCUGUGUUUUUUUCUUUUAAUAUAAGGAAAAUGUGUUGAAAUUGGGUUUAGGGUUUAGGUUUUCAAUCGAAUCAAUAGAAAAGGGGAAAAUGAAGAGGCGUAAUGACACCCACCAGUUGCCUGAGGAUGUGACUAUUGAGAUCCUCCUAAGGCUUCCCGUGAAAUCACUGAUUCGGGCCAAAGCCGUAUGCAAAAAUUGGUACAAUAUCAUCAAAAACCCUAACUUCGUUACUAAGCACUCCAAUCACCAAAGCAACAGUGGCUGCCUUCUUGUUUACGGGUUUCACAGCAUCUCCCAAAAAUAUGCGUUCUCAUUGUUCCCGGAUGUACCACUUACCGGUUCUCUACCUGUGAAUCAGAAUGUGGUGGUUGUACCCCACCUUCUAGGGGUCAUUCCCUAUUCGGGCAUACUGUGUCUGUUCAAUUGUAAAUCCAAUUGCUUCGCCCUGUGGAAUCCCGCCACCAGAGAAUUUAGGUCCCUCCCGGCAUUCCCCCGUAAACGCUCGCCCACAUCCCUAGUGAUGAGUUACCUAGAUGUUUUUGGAUUUGGUUUGGAUCCUAUUACUAAUGAUUACAAAGUCGUUUGGAUUCAGUGGACUCCGGAAGUGAUUAGGUCUAGCAGUGAGUAUGAUGUUGCUGUGUAUACCCUAUCCACUGAUUCCUGGAGACAUCUUGAUGUUUUUUUGCCUUAUGCUAACAUUGGCAACCUUCGUUCAUUCAUGUUUGCUAAUACAUGCAUUAAUGGAGUUUAUCACUGGAAUGCAAUAGACAAUGAUAAUAAGUCUUUGAUCCUUGCAUUUGACAUGGGCAAUGAGUUGUUUCAUGAGAUACAUGAUCUUCCAAAUUCAGAACCUGCAUCUCUUGCCGUUUAUGACAAUUCUCUUGCUGCGAUUUAUAAUGAUUCUGGUCAAGUUGACACAUGGGUGAUGAUGGAAGAGGGGUGUUGGAGGAAGCAGUUAACCAUUGAUCUCCUUUCAGAGCCCAGUUUGCGGCUUCUGCUUGAGUUUGGGAAGAAUGGUUGAAAAACCCAUGCUAUGGGUUUACAGGGAGAGCCUAGUUGCAAUCAGGGGCGGAGAUAGGUUCCUAGAACAGGAUCAGUUGUCUGAUGUAGAUCAAGUUUUGAAUUUCUCUAACUGAUUUCUGUUCAAGCUGAAAAACGUCUAUUUUGGUGCAACAACAGGGACUAAGAAGGAAAAAUGUUGGAAACUGGAUGCAGCUAAAGGGUGUUGGCAUGCUAACAAUGACUAAGAAGGAUAAGGGGGGAAACUAGAUGCAGAACUAAACUUUUUUGUUUUUUGUUUUUUGUUUUUGGCUGAGGGCAGUUGUUUUUGGAUGCGUUUAGAAAGACAUUUUGGUUUCCUUAAAUUAAAGUUUCUUCUAAUUUGUAUCUGUAAGACCUGACUACAGACAUUUUACUUUUCCUGAAUAUGUCAUUAAUGGUUUCUGUU